UAUUGAAUAAUCAACAUUAUUCAAAGCAAAAACAAAAAUCAACAGAUUUGAAUAUUGAUCAAGAAGAAAGUUUACCAUUAUUAAUGAAUCUAGAUAAAAAUUCAUUACAAAUGAAAAUGAAUCGUUCUAUUGAAUCAAGCGAUCAACAUGAUAAUCAUCAUAAUCAUCAUCUUCAUCGUCAUAAUAAUAAUAAUUCGAAUGUUAAUGUUUUACAUUCAAAUCAUCAACAUCAUCAUCAUCAUCAUUAUCAUAGUGAUUAUUGUGAUCCAAUUGAUAAUUAUCCAACAAGUCCAUUUGGUAUAAUUAAACAUCGAACAAAUUCAAUACAAUCAUUACAAACAACAAGUUUUGAUUCAUCAAAAAAAUCAAAUUAUUCACAAAUUGAUGAUUUAAAUAAUAAUCAUAAUGAUCAAUCAUUUAAUAUGAAAUUUCCAAAAUUAAAAUAUUUAAAAGUUUGUUUACUUUCAUUAUUGGUUAUCUAUACAUUGAUUUCAUUCAUUUUUAUUAAAGAAAAAAAAGAAACAUGGACAAAUGUUGCUGUACAGGAUAAAUUACCAGCAUAUAUUGAUCUAUCACAAUCAUUGGAUUUAAUGUUUCCAAUUUGGAAACUACGUGCACGUGGUUCAUUUUUACCAAAAGAAUAUAGUCAUCUGACAAAUUAUUCAAUAAUAUUUACAAUUGUACAAUUAUUGGAUGAUUCGAAUAAAAAUAAUACAUCAUCAUCAAUUAAAUCUGGACAAACAUCAUCAUCAUCAUCUUAUCGUGUUGUGAAACGACCAUGGGCAUCACCAAUUGCACCGACAGCAAACGAUCAACAUUAUAUACCGGCAAAAGAAAUUGAACAUACAUUCAAAUUAACACGUGAUGAUGUUUUUGAUCAAGGUUAUCGUUAUAGAUUGCGUAUCGAUACAAAUUCAAAAGAAUCAAUUGGUAUUACAAUAACUAUGUCUGGUUUUUCUGAAUUAUCUGCCGAUGGUAUUAUAUUGGCUGCAUUUGUAUUGGUUUUUCUUUAUGUAUUGAUUAUAUUUGAAAUUGUUAAUCGAACAUUAGCAGCUAUGCUUGGUGCAACUGCAGCAAUAACAUGUUUAACAUUAAUACGUGAUCGACCUUCUUUAGCUAAAGUAGUUUCAUGGUUAGAUGUUGAAACAUUAUCAUUAUUGUUUGGUAUGAUGAUAUUGGUUGCAAUAUUAUGUGAAACUGGAUUUUUUGAUUAUGUUGCUGUUGUUGCAUUUCGUUUGGCUAAAGGUCGUACAUGGCCAUUAAUAUUUACAUUAUGUAUAUUUACCGGUGUAAUGUCAGCAUUUUUAGAUAAUGUUACAACAAUUUUAUUAAUGACACCGGUUACAAUAAGAUUAUGUGAAAUUAAAAAUAUUGAACCAAAACAUGUAUUAAUUUCAUUGGUUAUUAUAUCGAAUAUUGGUGGUGCAGCAACACCAGUUGGUGAUCCACCAAAUGUUAUUAUUAUUUCAUCAGCUAGCAUUCAACAACAGGGAAUAAAUUUUGGUAGUUUUACAAUGCAUAUGAUGCCAGGAAUAAUAUUAUCAUUUAUAGCAACAUUAAUCUAUAUACGAAUAUAUUAUAGAAAUUUAUCUAAUCUUGAAUUUCAAGAUGUUAAUAUUGCAAGUGAAGAUGAUACAGAGGAAAAUUUGAAUCAAUUUAAAAAGAUGCAUGAAAAACAACAACCGCAAGCAACAAGAAAAAAAAGUAAUCAAAUCAAUAUAAUUGAUAAUCAUUUAUUUAGUCGUAAUGGUGGACGUACUAAUGUUACUAAUGGUUUAUCAUUUCAAAAUUAUACAAAUGAUAAUGAUAAUGAUAUUGAAAUUAAUCCUUCUUCGGUGAAUGAAGAUGAAACAAUAUUUGGUCCUGAAAAUGUUGUUAUUGUUGAUCAACAACAACAACAUUUACCACCAUUAAAACAAUGUCCAAGUUGUACAAAUCUUGAAGAUUUAUGUGCAGGAAAUUCAUUUAAAGAUCAUUUAUAUGAUGAACGUCGUGUAUUUCGUUCUUCAGAUGAAUUAAAACGUGAAAUUGAAGUAUGGAAACGUGCCUGUAAUUCGAUUGUUGGUUAUUCACGUGAUGAAAAUUCUGUUCGUUUAAUGUUAAAUCAUAAAGUUGAAACAUUGGAAACAAUUUUACGACAACAUUGUUAUGAAACUGUACCACCAGAAGAUAAUUAUCGUUCGGUAUUAACUGAAUUAGAACAAAAGUAUAAAAUACGUGAUUGGCCAUUAUUGAUAAAAUCUGUUAUUGUAAUGUCAAUGGUUAUUGGUUUGUUUUUUAUGCAAUCAAUACCUGAAUUGGAUUUAAGUUUAGGAUGGAUUGCUAUAUUAGGUGCAAUAUUAUUAUUGGUUGUAUCCGAUAGACAUGAACUUGAAUCAAUAAUGGGAAGGGUUGAAUGGUCAACAUUAAUUUUUUUUGCUGCAUUAUUUGUUGUUAUGGAAGCAUUAGCUGAAUUAAAAUUUCUUUGGUGGAUUGGACAAUUAACACAGGAUUUCAUUAAUUCAGUACCAGAAAAUUCAAGAUUAAUUGUUGCUAUAUUAGUGUUUAUUUGGAUAUCAGCUUUAUCAUCAUCAUUCAUUGAUAAUAUACCAUUAACAACUGUUAUGGUUAAAAUUAUUGAAGAUUUAGCUGAAAAUAAUGAAUUUCAUAUACCAUUAGUACCAUUAAUUUAUGCACUUGCAUUUGGUGCUUGUCUUGGUGGUAAUGGUACAUUGAUUGGUGCAUCAUCUAAUGUUGUUUGUUCGGGUGUUGCUGAACAACAUGGUUAUGGUUUUACAUUUUUUGAUUUUUUUAAAAUCGGAUUUCCAAUCAUGUUAUUAACAGUGGCCAUAUCGACAGUCUAUCUAAUUUUAUGUCAUGUGGUAUUCGAAUGGAAUUAUUAACCAUUUGGAACCUUUUUUUUUAAAAAAA